AGAUAACUGGGAAAAGAUCUUUUGUGCAGGGGGAACCCCGAACUGAACUAGGGUCAUAGCUUCUGACUGUUUGGUGGGGAAGGGAUUGACCGUUAACAUCGUCUCCUCUCCCUCCUCCUCCUCCUCCUCCUCGUCGUCGUCUUCGUCUUCCUCUCUCUCUCUCCUCCUCAAUUUUGAUUCCAUCCACCAAUAACAACGAAAGGUAGGUUUCCAGUUUUCAGAAAAAAAAAGUCUCAAGAUCUCCAUCUUGGUGUUUUUGGAAAGUCCUAACGAUGGAAAAUGAAAUGAAAGCUCUCAAAAUCUCCCAACCGUUUCUCAGAUUUUUUGUUUAGAUUAUUAGAAUAGAUUCUCUCCCCAAAUUUUUUUUUUGUUUAGAUUAGAAUAGAUUCUCUCCCCAGUUCACAGUUCACAGUUCACAGUUCACACACCCCAAGUCCCAACCCAUAGAUGAUGAAUAUAAUUAUUAAAGACGAGAAAAUCGCAUGCUUUGCUUGAUAUUUGUAAGUUGUAAUUAUUAUUAGAUUACUGUGCCUGGUGCUGACUGCUGAGAGUCUAACGGCGUCGUUUCCCCCCGCGCAACUACGCAAGAGAGAGUUCAUUGAAAAGCACUCGAUAUUCGAGAGUUUCUUUCCACUUAUCAGAGGAUUAAACGAUACUUAAAGUAGAACGGUUGGAGCCCACCAUCACUCCACCACCAGUCCUCCACUAGUCUUAAUUCCAAUUAAUACUGUAGGAAGAAACCAAGCAAGCAAGCUUAGGCUCCACACAGCAUCAUUCACUCAUGGGUAAUGUUAAGCCUCGGCAUAUGCUAGCUAUGCCCUAUGAGAAGAAGAAGAAGAAGAAGAUGGAGGUGAAGAAACAGCCAAAAGAACAAGAACCCCACUUGUGACAGAAUUGGGCGACGUUGAACAGCUGAUGAACUUAGCAGACCAGCAAUAAAUUCUCUUCUUCUCAACGAUAACACCUACUUUACUUUCGGUUUAUCCAAAAAAUUGGAUAUGUUAUGGAUCUAGGAGAGGUUGACCGGUGCCGUGUGAUCGGCAAUUAUAUCCUCGGCCCCAAAAUUGGCUCGGGUUCAUUCGCCGUCGUAUGGCGCUCCAGACAUCGGCACCUGGGUUUGGAAGUUGCGGUGAAGGAGAUCAACAAAAAGCACCUCACUCAUAAGGUGAACGAUAAUCUGCUCAAGGAGGUUUCCAUUCUCAGCAACAUCAGGCACCCCAACAUUAUUUGUCUUCUUGAAGUCAUCGAGGCUGCAGACAAAAUUUAUCUUGUUCUGGAGUACUGUGGUGGUGGUGAUCUAGCUGCUUACAUUCAUCGUCACGGAAAAGUUUCGGAAGCCCUGGCCAGGCAUUUUAUGAGGCAGUUGGCUUCUGGAUUGAAAGUGCUUCGAGAAAACAAUCUCAUACAUAGAGAUUUGAAACCACAGAACCUUCUUUUGUCAACCAAUGAGGCAACUCCAGUUUUAAAGAUAGGAGAUUUUGGGUUUGCUAGGUACUUAACCCCUCAAGGGUUGGCGGACACAUUAUGUGGUUCACCAUUAUAUAUGGCUCCUGAGAUCAUUCAGAAUCAAAAGUAUGAUGCGAAGGCUGACUUAUGGAGUGUUGGAGCAAUUCUGUUCCAGCUGGUGACUGGGAAACCACCGUUUGAUGGCAAUAAUCAGUUCCAGCUUUUCCAGAAUAUUUUGACAUCUAAUGAGCUGCGGUUUCCACAUGGAGCUUUAGUAGAAGUACAUCCUGAUUGUGUAGACCUCUGUAAAAGCCUUUUACGCCAAAACCCAGUUGAACGUCUAACAUUUGAGGAGUUCUUCAAUCACAGGUUUAUGGCAAUGACAAGGCCGACAAUGAAUGUUGAUCAUUCCUCUCUACUCCCAGAAAUGAAGCCUCCGGUUUGGAAAACUGAGUACAUUACAGAUGACAGAGUACCCUUUGGCUAUGAUACAAGGUCUCAGUUGCAUUAUGGACAUUUGCCGAAUACAUCUAACAUAAAUCCAAAGUCAACUUGUUCAUCUGGGUUAGUUGAGGGCAAGAAACUGCUGUCUAGAAAAGAUAACAGUUGCAAAGCACCAUCAUCUGGUGGUAUAGAAGAUAUUUGCGGUCUUGUUGCUGAUGGCUCAAAUUCAUCAGAUUGGUGCAGCUUGAAGUCUGGAAGUCUUGACCAACAGCUUUGUGCCAUAAGUGUCUCAAAGGUUGCUGACUCACUGGAAACUAUUGAGAAAGAUUAUGUGCUUGUUAAUGCUCAUUUCGCUUCCAUGGAGACUCUUUCUUCUUCCCUUGAGGAAUCUCUGCAAGAUCAUUCAGCUCCAAGAGUAUUUUGCUUGCCAAAAAAAAAGAUUGCCAAGAAUGUUGCUGUUGCAAUGCAAACUGGGAAGUUGGCUACCAGUUCAUCUGGGUGCACAGAAAGUCAAGGGGUCCAUGCAUCACUUCCAUUUGCAGGAUCAAAUGCAUCAACUGAAUUAAGGGAUGCCCAAGGAUCAUCUAAGUUGCAUCCUUCAACUAGGCUACAGCUAUUACAUCAGUAUGUUCGUGAACUUUCAGAAUUAGCGCUAGGAAAGCUUAAUGCAGGUAUGCUUCUUGAAUCUUUUGCUAUUGAACUGGUAGCUUUAGCUCUGUGGAGGGAAGCUCUUGGGUUGUGCGGCUAUUGGGUAGCCUCCACUGCAGAGGGAGACUCUCCUGGGAGUUCAGCUAAAUGUAUGCUAGAUGAUACAACUCCCUCCCAGUCUCUCUUCUCCAAUGACAACAUUGACUACAGCAGUCCUGCUGCUGUUUCCGAGUGGGCAGAGCGAGGGUUCAUUGUUGCAUUGGAUCGUGCAGAUAAUUUAUCAAAUCAACUUCGUGAUAUAGAUGGUGAUGUGAAGAUGCCAGAUGCCAUGGAAAUAAUAUUUCAAACAGCUCUUGCUGCUGGAAAAAGGGGUGCCGUUGAUGAACUUAUGGGGGACAGAAGCAGUGCUGUGGUUUUGUACAUGAAAGCAACACUCCUGCUUUCAUUUAUUGUGGAGGAAGCGAUGAGACUGCCAUUGAAUCCACCAUUUUCACUAACUUCAGUUGAUAAGCAGCGAAUACGGAGAUACAUUUUCAACCUGCAAGCCCGUCAGACCAACUCCCAAACACUGCAAUGACCCAAAAAAUAUCCUGGGGGUUCUUUUCUAUUUCAGUUUCAUGAACUGCUGUCAACCAGUACAAGCCGUCUCUGGAAUACGGUCUCAUGCAUAUUUGAUAUUCUAACUUCAUGUAGAUAGGAGACUGAAGUGAGUUUGCAUUAAGCCCAAACUUUAGCUUAUUACUGACGAUCGAAAGUGACCUGAUGACUGAAUAUUGUAUAUGAGCUCUUGUAGAUAAUAUAAUCUAUUCUUUACUUGUAAAUCUGAACAGAACGUAUCUGGAAUUCUAAUGAGUCUGAUCAGAACUCAUUUCUGUCAAAGCAGCUUUUGCCACCUCUUAGUUUAAUCAAACUCUUGAUAAUAUUAACAGUGAAAUUAUAUUCCUAUUGCUUUUA